UUUCAUUGAUGGAGAGGAUAGACGGGGGAUUGAACUCAUUUUACUGCUAACUUUAGCUUUAGAGAACUCGUCUGAACUUUCAGCUCACAGAUCAACCUCUCUCCUUUUACGCGCUCGUCCUGCACAUGCGGCCGUUUCAGGGACGUCUGAUCCGCUUGCGUUGGAAAUGUGUGGCGACUUCCUCAGACUGCGGUUAUUAAUGGGACUCCCGUCUGCCUUGCAUCACCCGGGGACGGCUGGACACUGAUCCGGAUGGACAGCAUGUCUCCACAGCAGCAGCAGCAGGAGUGUCUGAGCCGAGGCGGCGGCCAGCAGGACAACAAGCGGCGGUUUCAGAGCUACCGGCGUCAGUCCGCCCCAUCCCUGGUCCUCUCCAAGGCCCUCACCAGGUCCAAGACCCUCUCCAGAGAAAGCUUCCUGGUCCCCGUGUGUCCAGAGACGUGUCCGCUGGUCCAGUCCUUCCUGACCGGCGCAGAGCGCUCCUUCCUCCUCCAUGGACAGGCUCAGCUGAAGGCCGGGAUGCAGACCCAGGACCGACACCUCUUCCUGUUCACCGACCUCCUGGUCAUCGCCAAAGCCAAGUCAGCCAACCACUUCAAGCAGAAGACCCAGGUGAGCGUGCGCCAGAUGUGGACGGCCAGCUGCACGGACGAGGUGUGUGAGGGAAGCACGAGCCCGGAGCGGAGCUUCGUCAUGGGCUGGCCCACGUGGAACUGCGUGGCCAUGUUUAGCUCUGCCGAGCAGAAGGAGAAGUGGCUCUCCGUCCUCAAGAGUCGGAUAAAAGCAGAGAAGGACGACGAGGAGCCAAAAACCAUCCCUCUGAGGGUGUACGGGAAGGGCAUCAACACCUUCGCCGUGACCAAGACGCUCCCGGUCAGCAACUGGGAUCCAACCAACGAGGUGAUCCGGCUGGCCCUGCAGCAAUUCGGCAUCAUAGGACAGGUGAAGGACCACCAACUGUGGGUCCUGUCCAAGAGGGACAACACGCCCUACCCGCUCAUCGGUCACGAGUUCCCCUUCAGCAUCCAGAUGAGUCACGUGAGGGGGGGCGGGGCCAGGGAUGCUGCCGCCCCCCCACCGACGGUGGAGCAGCUGCAGGCGUCCAAGCAGUGUCAGUUCAUCCUGAAGCCCCGCCCGGCGGAGCCGCCGCGGCAGCAGCACGUCCCCGCAGAUUUCUCCCAGAAACCCUUCAAACGGCGGCGGUCCCUCAUCACCUGGGCCUUCUGGCGCGGCUCCUCGUCGCACCUCAACGAGCUGUCGCUGGCCGGGCCGCGGGGCUGCUUGUUCGGGCAGCCGCUCGCCGCCGUGUGCUUGGAGGACGCGCUGCCCAAGCCCGUCAUGGACAUGCUCUCCUUCCUGUACCACGAGGGCGCGUGGACGCGUGGGAUCUUCCGGCGCUCAGCGGGGGCGCGGGCCGUCAGGGAGCUGCGGGACUCCCUGGACGGCGGGGGAGGGAAGCUUCCCCUGACGCGGGACCACGUCUUCAUCAUCGCAGGGGUGUUUAAGGACUUUCUGCGCAGCAUCCCGGGCAGCUUGCUGCGCUGUGAACUACACGAAGACUGGACAGAUGUGCUGGAGGAAGAGGAUGAGGAAGACGAACAGGUGCAGGACGUAGUGAGGAUGAUCUUCCGUGUGGGCAAAGAGAACAUCAUGCUGCUCCGAUACCUGCUGGCCAUGCUGCACGGUAUCCAGGGCAACGCUCAGGAGAACCAGAUGACUAGUUUCAACCUAUCGGUGUGCAUCGCUCCCAGCAUGCUCUGGCCUCCUGGAGAGCCGUGCAGCUCGGAGAUGGAGGGAGAAGGAACCAGAAAGGUUUGUGAGCUGGUGAAGUUCAUGAUCGAUCACUGCCAGCGGAUCCUCGGGGUGGACCCGGCGUCCCUGUUCGGAGGACCGCCCCAGCGGCUCGACGAGGAGGAGAUGGCAUCAGAGUCCUGGCCGUACCCUCUGACGGACUCCUCCUACGACAGUCUGGAGAACGAGCUGGACAACAGCAGCGCCGGUUCUCCCGGCUCCUGCAGCCGGAGGCGGCUGCAGGCCAAGCCGCUGCAGGGCAGCCUGGACUCCAUCCUCACCUGCAGCGACUACGACCAGAACCCCGACCCGGAGGUGGGCCGGCCCAGAGGCCUGGAGAGGCGGCGGAGACGGGAGCUGUCCCCGUCCGGGGGGGUCUCCUCCACCCUGGACUCGCUGUCCCUGGAGGGCGGGCGCUCGCAGCGGCGCUGCUCGGAGCCCGCCAUCGCCUACCCCGCCCGGCUGUGUCCGUACGUCUCCAGCAGCGCCGACGCCCUCACGGGGGACGAAGACGACGCCAAGGACCAGCCUCCCAAGAGGCUGAGCGUCUCCCGGAGUCGGAGGAGGAGGGGCUGGGGGGACGGAUGCUCAGCGGGUCUGCGGGCCAGCACCUCCAGCCUGUCCUCCACCCCCGUCUCCCCCGCACCCACACACUGCUCCCUCAACUCCCUGGACUCCCUCAGCGACCACCAGGCCCCCAGGACCCCCACCUCUCCUGCACCUCUCACCUGGGUGACGGGUCCCAAAGACCCCGCCCCCAAAGACCCCGCCCCCAAAGAGCCGCUCAGCAAGGGGGCGUUAAAGAGCAUGGGCCUCCACCCCAACUGCUGGCUGAAGAAAGACCGGAGGCUGUCCCUGACUCAACCGGAGCCAGAGACGGAGGGGGACGACCGGACGGGGGUGAGGUCACGCCUUCAAACGUCUUACUUCCUCCUCGGAGGGAAGCGAGAUCAUGAUCAUAGCUUAGAUACAGAAAUUAAAAUGUGGCAUUUCCUCUUCAGCAUAAGGCAACAUGACCUCUUCCAGUAUUUUGAUGUAUCCAAACUGAUCCAUGAUCCCUGGUAUGCGAUAAAUAGGCCCGACACCAUGGGGGGGCUGGUGGACAAGCCGGCCGGCUCUGGGAAGCCUCCCAGCAGUCAGCCCAGGAAGUCCCGGCGCGGCUCCAGAGACGGGGGGGAGCGGGUGCGGGCCAGCCAGAGCCCCCACGGCCCCCACAGCCCCCUGUUCCUCCACAGCUCCACAGGAAACCUGCUGCUCCGCCAGUCCUCCUGGUUCCAGUCCUCAGAGUCCCCGCUAGCGGCUCAGAUCAGCGACGCCGGCGCCGGAGAGGACGUUUCCUCCAGGAGCCAGGCUCCGCAGAGCGAGGGCCCGGAGCUCAAGCCCCCGUCCCUGUUCUACAAGCCCAGCGGGCCGUCCCUGUCCCUGUUCCGGCGCCACAAGACGCCCUCCGCGGAGGACGCCCGGCUCCGUCAGCGCCGGGGCUCCGAGCCGGGGAGGCAGGUGGUGGACCGAGCCGCCACCCUCACCCCCACCCGGGCCAGGCUGCCCAGCGACCCGGGACUGAAGGUGUCGGAGGUGGACGGGCCGGAGGGGGCGGGGACCCGCUUCUGCCUGUCGCCCUGCACCACCAAGGCCGUCAGGGACUACUUCUCCGGCCACCCGGGCAGCCACCCCCAGAGCAGCCAGCAGGUGGCGCUGGCGCUGGUGGAGAGCCGGCGGGAGUGGAGGAGGAGGUGCAGCGAGCCCACGCUGGAGCCCGACAUCGAGCAGCUGCUGUUCGCGGAGGAGUCCUUCGUCUGACUGGGACCAGAACACUUUUCCACUAGUACCUACUUAGCCCGGCUCGGCUCCACUCGGUUUGGUUCUUCUCCACUAGGGGUCUAACUUGCCGAGUAGAUACUUUUCUGUUUCUAUUCUGCCGAGGUUCUAAGCGGCUGAGUCGGCUGAAUCUGACGUCAUCACACUAC